AUGCCCAAAUCCCCAAGCCUCACCCUCAUACUCGCCGCCACACCCUCGUUAGGCAUAGGCAAAGGCGGCACACUACCAUGGCCACAACUAAAGAAGGAAAUGGGCUACUUUGCGCGCGUCACGAAGCGCGUCUCCUCUCCCCAAUCCACGGGCACAAGAAAAGUCAACGCAGUACUCAUGGGCCGCAAGACGUGGGAUAGCAUACCGCCGAAAUUCCGGCCGCUCAAAGAUCGAUUGAACAUUGUGAUUACGCGCAAAGCCGACGAGUUUGAGAAGACGCUGGACAAGAAGAGUGAUGUCGAGGGGCCGAUGGUAGCGUCGGGCAUUGUAGAUGCGUUGGCGCAAUUGGAAGGGAAGGCGGAGGAGGUUGAUCGCGUGUAUGUCAUUGGUGGCGCGAGUGUAUAUCAGACUGCGCUGGAACUGCCGCAGACGAGAUAUGUGUUGUUGACGAAGAUACGGAAGGAGUUUGAGUGUGAUACAUUCUUUUCGGUGGAUUUGGAGGAGAGUGCGGUGUGGCGGAGGGCUGGGAGGGAGGAGUUGCAGGAGUUUACGGGUGAGGAGGUGAAGGAGAAGGUGAUCGAGGAACAUGGUGUGGAGUUUGAGUUUUGUUUGUAUGAAAGAGUGUAG